UAUACUUCUCCAAUACCUUUUAUCAAGUAUGUCUUUGCAGACACCAUCUCUCUUAUAUGUAUAAUAAAGAUAUCUAGGAUUAAGCUAUUUUAAUGCCAGAAUGAGUACUUGUGGGGCUAAUAUUCUAUUCCCUUUCUCCCAUUUCUUUCCUUGUCAAUUAUUAAUUACACUUGUCUGAAGUCAGAGCACCACAAAUAUAAUUGUCAGCAUAGUAAGAGAAAAGCAAAAUUUUCAGUACUUGAUAAUGUAUGUGUACAUAUGCAUUACGGUAGAGCUAGAAAAGCAUCCUUUACAACCAACCUUGUAUAUAUAUACCUUAAAACUCCAGAAAGAGACUCGGUUUUUUCUCCCAUUCUUUUACGUGACCUAUCAAACAGCUCCCAUGGAAACUACUCUGCAGUCUCCCUCCAUAGAGAGUUUCUCAUAUAGUUGGCUGGCUAACUUAAAGCCCUCAUCGUUCGAGGACUCGUUAAUAGCCUCCAUUGACCCAUCUGAUCAUGAUGAAGCUUCUUUCAUAGAAAUGGAUCCAAGAUUGCCACCCUCCAAGAGAUUCAUCAGAGUUUCUUCUGAUUUUGGUUUCGACUUCCCCGUCUCCGACUCCCCAUUAGGCCUUGUUCAUGCUGAUGAGCUCAUUUCCAAUGGCUUCCUCGUGCCUCUCUUUGUCAAGGACAUGAAAAUGGAUCGGUUUGAGGUUGAAGACGACUAUCACACGUCCACAGCUUCCACCUCUUCAUCAACUCAGAAAACGGGACGUGUUCGUUGUGCAUCGUUGAGGAGGUGCCAAAGAUUGUCGAAACGGUUCUUUGAGAAGUACUUGAAGUUUCUGUUAAGGCCUCUCUUCUACAGACGGCACCGAGGACAUCAGUUUGAGAGUGGCAAUAUGAGAAUGAGCACAAACAGGAACUGGGAAUUCUCUGCUGCAACAUCUCCUAGAACUAGUUUAGCUUAUUCUGCUGAUGAUAACUGGCGCAGGUCUUGUGAUUCUGAGAGCUCAAUCUAUGAAGCUGUGCUCCACUGCAAGAGAACUCAGGAUUGAAUUUGUACUAUUUCAGGUAAAUAAACAAGGAGGAAUUUGAGAUGAAAAAGACUUGAG